AUGGAGGCAUACGGGGGUGUAGAAGGCGUGCCGGCUGAAUUACGAGAACAUUUUGGUGGUCAGUGGGAUCCUCGCGAAUUUGGAGCUGAGUAUAACGAGUACACCCUCGACCAACCACCAGGGAGCUCGUUCCUGGAAGCAGACAGUGGAGGAAUUUCAGCCGCGAUAGAAGCUGCUCCGUUUGUAGCUGGACAGGCCACACUUAUGCCAGAAACAUUUGGGGAAUACGGAGCAGGGGCUCCGGCUUGGUCUGGCAUUGUUGAUAGAUGGGACCCAAGCGGGGCAGAUGCAGGAACGGCCCGGGCUGAGUACGUUCGGGCCGAACCUCCACGGAUAGGUUCGGACGGAGGCCAGGAGGAGCUGCCCGUGUCGAUGGGCCCAGGCUCCUCCAGCCCCUCUAUUGGUGCAGCUAAUAGGCGGAGUAAUAUUAUUGGUGCUGACGUGGCCAUGCCAAUUCUAGCACCCACGUCAGCAGGUCCCAUGGUGGGGGAUGGGAAGAGAGACUUUGAGAUGGUCAGAAGAGAGGGGGAGGAGGGAAGAGAGGGGGGAGAGGCGGAGGUGAUGGUGCAAGGUAGAGAAGGGGUUGGAUGGGGUGGAGUGGGGAAUGCAGGGGUUAUGGGAGGUAUGGGGGGUAUGGGAGGAGUGGAGUACGGUCCUGCUGCUAUUCUCUCCCCGUCUACGAUAGCUGCUGUCGCUGCUGCUAACGCCAUUGCAAAUGCCCCCCCAUCCCCACCUAAUAGGAUCCGUGGAGAGGGGGAGGGGAGAGGUGCAGGAGGGGUGGGCGCGGCUGCAGGAUGGGAUGGACGGGCAGGAGGCAGCAGGAACGAAGGAGAGGGGGAGGGGACAGGUGCAGGAGGGGUGGGCGCGGCUGCGGGAUGGGACGAGCGGGCAGGAGACAGCAGGGAGGAAGGGGAGGGAGAGGGAGGGAGAGCAGCAGAGGAGAGGAGUUGUGGAGCGGAGGUACGAGGGGUGGAGUCAGGUGGGAUGGAGUUAGGCGGGGUGAGUAGUGUGACCAAGGCAUCUGGUAGCAUCAGCAGCGGCGUCAGUGGCAGCAGCGGCGGAGGCAGCGGCAGCAGCCGUGCCGGCAGCGGCUGUGGCGGCGGCAGCGGCGGUGGUACGAGUAUCAGUGACCCUGAAAGAGAAAACGCAGGGACACCAGAUAAUGGGUUUGAUGAUUUGGUUGGAAUGAAGGAUGCGAAUGAGGUGAAGGAGGAGAAGGGGAGUGAUACGGACGAGAAGAGUCGAAGUUCAGAGGGGCUAGAUGAGUCUGAUACUACCGAGGAUGAAGGGCAGGGGAGGGGGAAGGAGGAAAAGGAGGAGGAGAAGAACGGAGCGAGUGGAUCCGACGGUUCAGAAAGCAUGAGAUUGGAAAAGCCCCUUGGGAAACUUGGGGCGGAUAGCGGAGAUGCUUGUAAAGUGUACAGGAUGGUCGGUGGGAAAGAGGAAGGCAAAAAGGACUGGGAGGGAGAGGUGGCGAUGGUAGAGAAAACGCGUGCUGAGAGCAUGGAUGUAAAUGCAUCUGCAGCUAAUGGUGGUGCAAUCGGUGGUGGUGAGGAUGCGGGAAGCAGUGCUUCUCGUGGUGAUGAUACUGUUGCUGCUAACACUCACGGUGACUCUGGUGGUACUAGCAGUGGUGUUGGUGGUGGAGGGCAGGCGAAGGAGGAGAGGGAGGAGAGGGAGGAGUCGAAGCAAGUGGAUGAAAGCAUGGGAAUGAGUAGAUCAGUGGAAAUAAACGAUGAGAAAGAGGCAGGAAAUAGCGGGGAUGGGGAUGGGAGAGAGAAGGACGGGGAGGGUAACGACAAGGGGAGGGAGGGGGGAGAAGGGGAGGAAGUGAAGAAAAUUGUAAAAGAGGAGGAAAAAGAGAAUGAGGAUGAGGAGGAGGAGGAAGAGUAUGGGUCAGGAGACUCAGGAUUCGGCACCCCUGGCACUCUCUCUCCUACCGGCAGCAGUGUCAGCACCUACGAGCUUUCAGCCAUGGAUUUCCCUGACUCUGACAGCUUGGGCAGCCAAACCCCCACCUCAGCUCCGGCAGCCGGAGCAAGGCCUGGAAGGCCCGGAAGUUUGGGCCGAGGCAGGGGUGCAGCCUCAGCAGCUGCCGCUGCUGCCUCGGCUGCUGCUGCAUCCGCCACUGCUUCUCCUCACGACGCUCCAGACGACGAAAACACAUACGCUGUCCUGGAGAUCAGUGAUGAAGAUUCCGAGGAAGAUUCUGAGGACGAUUCGGACGAAGGGGAGGAGGGGGAGAGUGAGAGAGGAGGUGAGGAGGAGAGGAGGAGGAGGGAGCAGGGUUUGAGGGAGCAGCGAGCAGCACAGGUGGCUUCGAUUAUGGCGAAGAUGGCCCGGGGUGAUAGUGUGGGUAGCACCGGCAGCGCUGGUGGCAGGUUGGGUGGGGGUGGGGGUAGUGCAGGAGGCAUAGGAGGAGGGAUAGGAGGGAAAGUAGGAGGGUUAGGAGGAGCCAUGGGGCUGGAAAGUGGACUGGGCGCAUUGGUAAGGCACAGCUCUGCCUCUGCAGCUGUUCCUGCCGUUUCCGCCGCUGCUGCCGCCACCGCCGCUGCUGCUGCUGCUGCUUCUCCUGCUGUCGACAGUCCACGCUACUCCCUUCCGCCUGCCAGUCCCCAUCAGUUCCGCCCUGCUGCUGCAAACGCUGCGGCUAACGCUGCAGUUAACGCUGCGGCCAAUGCUGCGGCUAACGCUGGGGUUAAUGCUGCAGUCAAUGCUGCGGCCAGCAGCCCUGCCCUUAGGUCCUUCCACAGGAGGGGCCGCACCGGCUCCUUUGGAAGCGGCGGCAGCGGCGGCGGCAGCGGUGGUACUGGCAUUUUCGGUGGUCCUGGCUGGACGAGCGUUGGGGCGAGUGUUGGGGUUGGUGGUGGGUCGGUCAGUGGGGUUGGUGGUGUGGUGAGUGGUGGCACUGUUGCUACCAGUGGCAGUGGUAGCAGAGGCGGGUCCAGUGCUGCGUCCCCUGGAGGACUGAGUAUGGGGGAUCCAGUGGCAAUAGCAGGGGGCGGUGGGAGUGUGGGGGCAGGGGCAGUGGGCGUUGAGAAGGAUGGUAUGGGGUGGGGGGCAGGCUCGGAGCAGCAGCAGCAGGAGUAUCCGUGGUGGGCGAUGGCGGCCCCUGAUGCUCAGUGCCGUGCUGAGGAGAUCCGUGUUGAGUUCUAUGUCAUGCGCCAUGCAGAGUCGCUAGACCUGCCGCACCUAAUAGGAGGGCAGUCACCGGCAAUACCGCUGACCAGCAAGGGCCGGGAGCAGGGGGAGGCGUUGGGGCGAUACCUUUUGGAGUUCCAGGGGGUGAUGUUUGAUGAGGUGUUUGCGUCGCCCAUCCCCCGGGCGUGGGAGACUGCAUACGCCACGUGCCAGGUGCGUAGCAUAGGGUUACCAGGAGCUUGGCUUCCCACCCAGCUGAAUGCAGGAAGCGGGGGAGUUGAAGGAGCAGAGCUGCGGGCAGUGGGAGGGAGGGGAAGAGGCGCUUGGCUUCCCACCCAGCCGAAUGCAGGAGGCAGAGGAGUUGAAGGAGCAGAGCUGCGGGCAGUUGAAGCUGAUGGCAUUCUAUUCCGAAUGCAGGAAGCAGAGGAGUUGAAAGGAGCAGAGCUGCGGGCAGAGCUUGGCUUCCCACCCAGCCGAAUGCAGGAGGCAGAGGAGUUGAAGGAGCAGAGCUGCGGGCAGUGGGAGGGGAAGAAUCGGGCAGAUGUGUUCCUUACUGACGCCUCUCUUCCACGAAUCACAAGCGCCCAGCCGGAUUUUUUCUGCCCAGGAGGGGAGUCACAGCGGCAGGUGAGUUCCUGGUUUUCACAGCAUGGGUUGUGUUGUGGUGCCUGA